GGCAGAUAUGAGAGGGAGACAAUUAAACCUCCAUUUCCAUUUCAAAGAGAAUAUGACGCCUAUCCAUUCUUUUUUCAUAUCUGUGACCAUUUCCUCUUUUCUCUCUCUCUCUCUCACUCUCAAAAUUAUCCAUCAUGCUAAUCUGUAAAUCACUCUAUACUUAAUAAAAACAAAUUAAUUUUCAUAUAGUUUUUAUUUACAAUUUUCUAUAUAUAAAUAUUUUGAUUUUCCUAAUUGUGGUUAUGGGGCUAUCUUCUACCUCUUGUUCCACAAUUUCCUCUCACACAAGAUAUCAUCAUCUCUCCAGUGUUUUUUUGUUGAUAGGUUGUGUUCCAAUUAACAACCAGCUCAUUUUCAAUAUCCACAUGUCAUUUCUUUCCUAAUUCAAACAACCCUUUUUUUCUUUUUCAUCCUAUACAUAAUUUCUCUCUCUUUUUUUUACUUGAAAAGAAAUUUAAUUUGUUAUAUUCAUUCACCAUGCACCUCAAGCAUUAUUGUUAUUAGCUCUUACAUUACAUAGCCUCAAGAGUUAUCAGGAUUAAUUAAUGCAAUUUCUAACUUUCAGAAAUUGUCUUAAGGAGUGUCAUUGUGUUGCACAUUCAUUGUGUCAAAGCCUGUCAAAAUGCCUGAUUUACCAGAGAUGAAUCACAAAAUAACAGAAGAACCUCUUGAGAGACAUCAUAAUGUUCACAGUUAUCCAAAUUCAGGAAACAAUUCACCAACUCAUCCAAAAAAUGUGAAUCCAGAAGAAAAAUAUGCAUGCACAUUGGAAGAUUCAGCAAGUGAAGAAAAAUUUGCAAAAAAAAAUAAACCACAGAAACUAAAUCCACCAAACAAAAACAUUUCUGAUUACAAUACUUCAAGACAAAGUCCAAGAACAAGGAUGCCUUCAAAUUCUGAACCUGCAACUCCAUCACCAGGAUUACCAACAGGAGUUUCAAAGGGUAUGCCUACUCAUACAAAGGCGAACAAUCACGGCACAGGAAGCGGAACAAGCUCACGCAGCGACAGUUUAGAGAGCACAAGUUGUUCACACAUUAGGCCACAUACUGGUGGUGAUGUAAGGUGGGAUGCAAUUAACAUGGUUUCCAAAGCUGGUCCUCUUAAUCUAAGCCAUUUUAGGCUUCUUAAGCGUAUCGGUUACGGAGACAUUGGAAGUGUGUACCUUGUGGAACUUAAAGGAACUGAUGCUCAUUUUGCUAUGAAAGUAAUGGAUAAGGCUGCUCUUAUAAGUAGAAACAAGCUUCUUAGAUCACAGACAGAAAGGGAGAUUCUUGGACUUCUUGAUCACCCUUUUUUGCCUACUUUGUAUUCUUACUUUGAAACUGAUAAGUUUUACUGUCUUGUAAUGGAGUACUGUAGUGGUGGCGAUCUUCAUUCGCUUCGACAGAAACAGCCGAAUAAGUGUUUCACUGAAGAAGCUGCAAGGUUCUAUGCUUCAGAGGUUUUGUUAGCUCUUGAGUACCUGCACAUGCUUGGCAUUGUAUACAGAGACUUAAAGCCAGAGAAUCUUUUAGUUAGGGACGAAGGACAUAUCAUGCUCUCGGAUUUCGAUUUAUCGCUUCGCUGCUCCGUCAGUCCUACACUUGUCAAGUCAUCCUCUACAAAUGUAGGAAACAGCGGAAACGGUAGUGAUUCUGGAGGUGUGUUUAAUGAUGACCAAGCAGUUGGAACUGCUCAGACAUCAUCAAGCUUUUUCCCUCGCAUUUUGCCUUCGAAGAAGAAUCGAAAGGCAAAAUCAGACUUUGGCCUAUUGGUUAACGGAAACCGCCUUCCAGAACUAAUGGCAGAACCAACAAAUGUGAGAUCAAUGUCAUUUGUAGGAACACAUGAGUAUCUAGCUCCUGAAAUAGUCAAAGGAGAAGGACAUGGUAGUGCAGUAGAUUGGUGGACUUUUGGAAUCUUCUUGUAUGAAUUGUUACAUGGAGCAACACCUUUUAAAGGUGCAGGAUACAAAGCAACACUUUUCAAUGUUGUUGGACAGCCACUGAGGUUUCCAGAUAGUCCUCAAAUUAGUACCGUGGCGCGCGAUCUUAUUAGAGGAUUGCUUGUGAAAGAACCUCAGAAGAGAAUUGCUUAUAAAAGAGGUGCAACCGAAAUAAAACAACAUCCAUUUUUUGAAGGAGUGAAUUGGGCUCUAGUUAGAAGUGCAUCACCACCACAUAUACCAGAUGUCAUAGACUUUUCAAAGUAUGCUAAAAAAGAGACAGCACCACCACCAGUUGAUAAGAAGAUAGCAGAUGUUGCUGCUAGUGAUACAAAAAGCAAAAAUGCUACUGAUUCUUAUGUAGAUUUUGAGUAUUUUUAGCAGAAAAAUGCAUAUACUUGUUUUAGCAAAAUUUAUUGUACAAAAGUGUCACUUCCUCCUUGAAGGCAUAUCAGAGAACUAAUGAUCAUUGUUAACACAUACAUGUAAAUUCAUUCAAAAAAUUAUUUUCCUUCUAAAGUAUGUUUUCAGUGUC